GAAGGAUUAUUAGAGACUAGAGAGUUUUUUUUUAAAUCUCUAUUAACAACAAUGGAACAGCAAUUAAAAACUGAUGGUUUAAAUUUGAGUAUUCGAGAUGCCGUGAAGGAGGACCGAAUCAGUGAGUUGCCUGAAGAUUUGCUUCUACAGAUAUUGUCUGAUAUUCCAACAGAAAAUGUCAUAGCCACGAGUGUUUUGUCUAAACGUUGGAGAUCUCUUUGGAAGAUGGUGCCAAAUCUCACGUUUGAUUUUACGUUUGAUCCAAAGUAUCACCAAACAUUUUCAGAGAAUCUUUACAGGUCUUUGACUUCACAUGAAGCUUCGGUUCUAGAAAGUUUGCAAUUGAAUUUCACACGUGGAAUUGAUGGUUUGAAUAUUGGAAUGUGGAUUGCAACUGCAUAUGUACGUCAUGUUCGUAAAUUGGUAUUGGUUAGUUUCGGUGAUGUGCGUGAUAAGAGGGCUAGAUUUCGGAGUGCUUUGUUUAACUUCAAUGAUACACUUGACAUUUUGGAAAUCCAGGAUUAUAUUCUUUUAGACCUUCCUUCUCCGGUUUGCUUGAAGUCCCUUAGAGAGCUGCGCCUAUACGAAGUACACUUCAAAGACGAAGCAUCUGUUUGCAACCUUUUAUGCGGCUGCCCUAGUCUUGAAGUUUUGUCCGUGCAUAGAGAACGCAAUGUCGAUGUGGAGACUUUUACUAUUGUGGUGCCAUCAUUACAGAGACUAACCAUAUAUGAUUUUUGCAUAGGAGGAGGUAAGGGAGGCUAUGUGAUAAAUGCUCCUUCUUUGAAAUACUUGAACAUUGUAGGGUUCGAGGGGCUUGAUUUUUGUUUGAUUGAGAAUGCGCCAGAGCUGGUGGAGGCAGAAAUCAGUGACGUUUCUCAUAUAGCUAAUGAGAACAUUCUAGAAUCUCUAACUUCAGUGAAACGUCUGUCCUUAGAAUCGCCAAUAAAGAACUCCACUUUAAGGUACUUUUUUUAUUUUGUAUUACAUAAAUUGCCUUGUUCUCAGCUAUCUUGUAUCGAAAAAGGUCUAGAUGGACAGAAUUGGAAUCCACCAAAAUGUGUACCGGAAUGUUUGUUGUUCCAUCUUGAGAAAUUCUUGUGGACAGGAUACGAAUGGCAACGAGGAGAUGAGAAAGAAGUGGCCACAUACAUACUAGAAAACGCAAGACUGUUGAAGAAAGCAACUUUCUCCACAAAACGCAUUGAUCUGGAAAAUCUCGAAAAGAGACGUGAGAUGCUCAACGAGUUGGCUAGUGUGGCCAGAGCUUCAGAUUCAUGUCAUCUUGUGUUCCAUUCUAUAUAAUCUCUUGAAAUUUUACUAUGUUGUUUUGGCCAUUGGAAAAUGUAUAAUUAUCAGCUCUACCUAUUUAUAGGAUGCUAAUAUUUGGUGACAUUUUGAGGAAGAGAUUCAGAAGACAAUUCAAGGAGUAGACUUAACAAUGACUAAACAAGCUAGAACAAAAGAAAAAGAUCAUAACCAG